AUGGCGCGAACAGAGCAGGAGCGCUGUGGAUGCGUCACAGGUUUGUGGUCUCUCUUUCGACCGAAAAAGGCGCACAAGGGCGACAACAAGGUCCAAGCUCAGGCAGUCUCGGGAGAAGCCAUGGACGCGGCCGCCUUGAAGUUGAAGGAACUCAGGCGCGAGGAGAAUCAAGAGAAGAAAGCCAAGCAGUUGAAGGAGGAGGAUCCGAUGAAGCCGACGAAGCCGAUCAAGCUGGAACAAGAGGAGAACAACAAGGAGAAUCAAGAGAAGAAACUGAAGAAGGAGGAGCAAGAAAAGAAAGCCGAGCAGGAGGAGGAGCAAGAGAAGAAAGCUGAGCAGCUGAACGAGGAGGAGCAAGAGAAGCCGAACGAGGAGGAGAAAGAAGCCGAUCAGACGAAGGAACUCAGGCGCGAGGUGAAACAGGAGCAAGGUCACAAGGAGCAGUCGCAGCUGGAACGAGAGGAGAAGAAUCAGCCGAAUCAGCCGAUCAAGCCAAUCAAGCCGAUGAAGCAAGAGCUGGAACAGGAGGAGCAGCAGCGGAUGAAGCCGAUGCAGCAGCAGUUGGAACAAGAGGAGGAGCAGACGAUCAAGCCGAUCAAGCAGCCGCUGGAACGAGAAGAGGAUCAGAUGAAGCAGCAGAAGAAUGACAAGCCCAAGCAGGAGGAACAGCGACCCAAGCCAAUUCGACUGCCAGCCGGAGGUCGUCGUCCAGGUUCCAGGCCAAAGAUGGUUCGCUUCUCUUCCUCAGCGGAGGACAUUCUUCCCGACGGCACCCGACGGCGGAGUGAAACCCAUCUUAGCGAUGGCCGAGGGGGAUAUGUUGAGUUCGCAUAUCUCGAAGCUUUCCACAAGGCAAACCGGUGGCUAAACCAGAGGGGGAAAACCGAGAAGAAGAUCCGCAGCUUGGAAGAGGAAAAGUACGAGGAAACGGAAGAGGAAGACGAGGAAAAGUCUUGGAGUGUUAGCGCGCUCCGGAUUCUGAUCAGACUCACCGAGCAGCUUUACGAGGAGCUCAACGGCAAAUCCAGCGACCGAGAGAGGAUCAAGCGAGCGCGGAAGAUGAUGAGGCUCCAGAAAAUGCUGGAUAGGAUCCCGAGUGAGAGGAAACCCUGGAAGAAGCUUCAGUCCGGCGAGGUGGUCUUCGUGAAGGUGGCAAAAGAACUAUAUGAUCGUGCGGGGAGAGAUUUUGUUGCCGAAUUCAAGAGGAGACAGAGAGCUGGAGUGAACGAUGAGUGUUUGUUUUGUCGGAACCAUGAUGGCGAGAAGAUGAUCGGCCAGGAUGCAGUCUCACCGAGGGAUCAAGACGACAUUGCUGCAAGGAAACUCACAAAGCGAGAAGACCGCUUUCCAGUCGACGGAGAUGAGACAGGAGCUACUGCUGCGAGCUAUCUAGUUGACGGAGACUUUGAAAACGGGUCAGGGCUGUCCAGGAAUGCUCGUACAGCUGCUCGGGUGAAAGUAUCAGGAAAGAACUCUGUUCUGGUAUCUGCUGGAGCGAACUCUAAGACGACUAGGCCCUGGGUUUACCUGAAAAGAGAACACGAACAAACUGUUCUAAGCACGUCGAAGAAACGAGAAAUGAAGUUACGAGCUCGAGAAGUUGGCUGCAAGGAUUGGUCAACUCGAGGCCAGUGCUCGGACUCUAGCAUCGGAGAAGCCAACUCUCGAGAGUCAAAUCCGGAAGUUGGAGCUGCGAGCCAAAUCUCCAAGAAAAGACCAGCCUCCACACAAUGGAUCAAGUUGGGCCACACUCUACAGUGUCUGGAGCAAGGAGGGAUCUAUCUUAUCGGCUUUCCAGUGGACGGAGAUGAUUCAGGAGCGCCUGCUGCGGUAAGGCUGUCCAUGAUAGUAGCGAGGAACAACAGAAACCAGUGUCAGAUGGCUGCAAGAUGGCAAGAAGACGAUAUAGCUGAAGCUGCUCGUGACCGGGGUUUCGGAUGGCUGCGGAGACUAUAA